AUGGACAAUAUGUUGGAUGAGGACCCAUUCUUCACCACUCUCUUACAAAGUGGAGGAGAAGGUCCUAUUACCACUCCAACAUUCUCACAGCAUUCUAAUGUUGUGGUCGCUUCAACCCCCCUUCACGGUGAAAAGAGGCCUCCAACAAAAAAAGUUCAAAGAGGAGCUUCUUUCACUGUUGAGGAGGAUAAUGCACUUGUCUCUGGUUGGCUCAACAUUAGUAUUGAUGCCAUUAGGGGAACUGAUCAGAAAUCCACUCAAAUGUGGGAGAGGAUUUCUGAAUUUUAUCACGAAUAUAAAAAACCACAAACUAUGAACCGUUCGGUUGGAUCAUUGAUCAAUCGUUGGUCCAUAAUUCAGAAAUGCACAAAUAAGUUUUGUGCAUAUCUAGCUCAAGUAGAGUCAUUGCACCCGAGUGGUGCAACCGAACAGGAUAAGAUUGAAAAGGCAAAAAUAUUGUACAAAAUGAUGGAACGAGGAAAUUUCACAAUGGACCAUUCUUGGAAUCUUUUGAGACACCAACCCAAAUGGCAUCAACAUAUAAAUACGCUGAAUACGAGGAGAAAGCCACAUGAUAAACGUCCUUCAAAUGAGCAGUCAAGUGAAGUUUUAGGCGAUGUUGUGGAGGAGCAUGUUGAAAGGCCUGCUGGAAAAAAGGCUGAAAAGGAAAACUUGAGGAAGCGAAAGGCUCAAGAAUCAUCUGAUGCUGAGUUCAACAUGGCAUUAGGAGCAAUGACCAAAGAUAGACAAUUGUUCAUGGCGGAGAGAAGAGAAUGGCAGACGAAGGCUGAUCACGAUAGAGGUGCACAACUGGAGCUUGAUAAAAGAAAGUUCGAUGCUGAGAUGAUGAGCAAGGAUCUUUCUGGUAUGAAUGCCAUGCAGCAAGCCUACUUCCAUAAAGUUCAAAAAAAAAUUUGGGAAGAGUCAAUGAGUGAUUCAGAUGGUAUAUCCGAAUGA